AUGGAGGUAUCAGUUCUGCGCAGUGCUUCCAACAUUCCUGACAUUUGUCCAAAUAUAAAUCCAUCUAAAAUGCAGCUUAAAGCAAUCCCUGCUAUGACGAGAGGUGGAGCCGAGCAGUGGUUUGCACUAUCACUACCGACUAAGGAAAUUUGCCCCUGCAAAAAAGCCGCAAGUAUUAAUAUAACAUGCUUUUGUGGUUUUGGAAUUGUAGCCUUAAUCACGGAAAUUUAUGGUAGGAAAAAAGCUGUAUGCAUUGGGACUAUCCCUUUAAUUUUAUCUUGGGUAUUGACUUAUUUUUCGACGCAUAAUACCACUUUAUACAUAUCUAGAUUUUUUGCUGGAAUAUCAUUCGGGUGUACGUUAUUCUUGAAUUAUAUCAAUAUCGGUGAAUAUGUAUCUCCAAAUAUUAGAUUGAUGACCACUAACAUGUUACUAUGUGCAGCAUCUCUAACAGGGACUAUGAUAGGACAGGUUUUAAGUAUAGUUAUGGAGUGGAGAAACGUUGCUCUCAUAGGCAUUAUCCCUUCAAUUUUGUCUGCCAUCAUCCCUUUUUUCUGGGUAGAGAGCCCUAUGUGGUUGGCAUCACAAGGAAGAUUUGAGGAGUGUGAAGUAGCAUUCAAUUCACUACGCACACCAUCUAAGGCUGCCGAAGAAGAAUUAAAACUUCUGCUUUCAACGGAAAAUAGAAAAAAUAAAAAAUAUAAAAAGAAAACCUUUGUACCUGUUGCUUUGAAAAAGAUACGCGACGCUCUGAAUCAACGCUAUUUCUGGAAAUUCUUAAAAAAUAACAUGCGUAUCAACUUUAUUUCUUGUAUACCUACUAUACAAAUAGUGUCUCUGGUUAAGUCCUCUUCCUCUCGGACCUCUUCAGGUGUAGAUAAAUAUAUAAAUAUUUUUUGUUCGGCAUAG